AUGGCUGCCUCUGGCACCGCCGCGUUCCCCAACUACAAUGUUGACCUUUCUCAUGUGGAGGAUCCCAAUGAACGUCGUCGGUUGGCCCUCGCACGUAUCGAUGACGCUCCUUUUGGAUGGCGCCACGCUCGCGCGAUCGUUGUAGCCGGGGUGGGCUUCUUUACCGACUCGUACGAUAUUUUUGCCAUAAACCUCUGCUCAAGCAUGCUAGGUGUUGUCUUUUGGCAGCAUGCUACCACCCGCCCUGGCAAGAUGCCAUACAGCUCGGACACUGCCAUCAAGGUCUCCACCUCAGCUGGUACCGUCAUCGGCCAGUUGUUCUUUGGUUGGCUGGCAGAUAUUGUCGGUCGCAAGCGCAUGUACGGGAUCGAGCUGAUCAUCAUCAUACUGGCUACAUUGGCACAAUGUCUGUCCUCAAAUUCUCCUGCGGUGUCCAUCACAGGCCUUCUGGUCUUCUGGCGUACAGUCAUGGGGAUCGGAAUUGGAGGUGACUAUCCAUUAUCAUCAAUCAUAACUUCAGAGUUUGCGAAUACGAAGCAUAGAGGAGCCAUGAUGGGAGCUGUCUUUGCCAUGCAGGGCUUUGGACAGUUCGCUGCCGCAAUUGUUGCGCUAAUCGUGACUGUAGGUUUCAAAGGCUCCCUGGAGUCUGUCAGCUGGCCGUGGAUAAAAUGUGGCGGGUCGUCAUUGGGUUCGGGGCGGUCCCGGCUUGUCUCGCGCUUUAUUAUCGUUUGACCAUCCCGGAAACCCCGCGCUACACCUUUGAUGUUGCCAGAGAUCUGCUCAAGGCUGAUGAAGACGUCGAAGCCUACAUUCUGGGGAAACACGAAGGUCAUCCUGAUGAGGUCAAACGGGUAGCUGUGCUUCAAAGUGCCGAUAUCAGACUACGGACCCCAAGAGCAAGCUGGUCGGACUUUUGUUCGCAUUUCACCACAUGGAAGCAUGGAAAGGUAUUGCUCGGCACUGCGGGAUCGUGGUUCUUCCUUGACGUUGCGUUCUACGGACUUGGACUCAACAAUUCCAUCAUUUUGACGGCCAUCGGCUGGAACGGCGGGGGUACUGUGUACGAGUAUUUCUACCGCAACGCUGUGGGCAACCUGAUCUUGAUAUGUGCUGGAGCCAUUCCAGGAUAUUGGGUAACGGUUGGCACAGUCGACCGGCUAGGCCGCAAGCCAAUUCAGAUGACCGGAUUUGUGAUAUUGACCAUUAUAUUUAUCGUUAUCGGAUUCGCGUAUGAACCGCUGAAGAAGUCCGACCACGGAUUAUUGGCAUUGUAUGUAGUGGCACAGUUCUUCUUCAACUUUGGACCUAACGCCACCACGUUCAUUGUGCCCGGGGAAUGCUUCCCUACGCGGUACCGGUCAACUUCACAUGGUAUCAGUGCUGCCUCUGGAAAGGUCGGUGCCAUCAUUGCGCAGUGUGUAUUCGGGCCGCUAGCGCAUCGGGGGGCCAAGGGAGGCGUCAACUCGUCCGAUACGCCGUGGCUUAAUCAUGUAAUGCAGAUAUUUGCGCUAUUCAUGCUGUGCGGGUGCUUAACCUCGCUACUCAUCCCAGAGACGAAGCGGCUGACGCUGGAGUAUCUGUCUGGGGAGGAACCUACACCCACACCGACGGUCACUCCCUCUCGGCAGGAGCGGGAACCGAAACGAGACGAAGAAACGAGGGAACGGUGA